AUGUCCUCAUACUUCAGACGCUGCAACUCCAUCCGUGUAGAAAGUGGAAACUGGAUCCUGUAUGAACAUCCCAAUUACAGAGGACACCAAUAUUUCCUUCAUAGGGGAGAAUAUCCUGACUUUCAACAAUGGAUGGGUUAUAAUGAUUCCAUUAGGUCUUGUCGCCUUAGUCCCCAGCAUCAAGGUUCAUUUAGGAUCAGGAUCUAUGAGAGAGAAGACUUCAGAGGUCAGAUGAUGGAAUUCACUGAAGAUUGUCCUCAUAUCUAUGAGCGAUUCCGCUAUCAUGAUAUUCAUUCCGCCCAUGUACAAGAUGGAUACUGGAUGUUCUACGAGGAGCCCAACUACAGAGGACGUCAGUAUUACCUGAGACCUGGAGAGUACAGAAGAUACACUGACUGGGGAGCCACAGACCCAAGAAUUGGCUCCAUCAGACGUCUCCAUCAUUCCUACUAG